UUUGCUAUGUUCUUAAAUACACAUUGCCUGAUUUUAGUACUUUAUUUUCGAACAUUUACCAACCACAUUAAUCAAAUUAAACAUUAAAUCCGUGUAAUAAGUGAAUGCACGAAAACCGAUUCGCUUGGUUUCAUACGCAGCCACACGCUAACUACCCGUGGUUUCAUAUGAACAUACAUGUUUGCGCAAUCAGCGGUAGAUUCAUAUUAACAGCACAAUAAUCCAGAGGAAAUCCGAAUGUCAGGCGACAACGUCGAGUGUUUCCGACCCGGUGAUAUCAGUAUCCGGGCCCAUCGUCCCGGGGAGGAGCGGGUCAUGCUGGAAAUGUGGACCAGGCAGGGCGGGGACGUGUCGAGGUACGACUACAAUGCCUACAUGGCCAUCGAUCCAAAUAACCUGCUGGUGGCAGUGGACUCAGUCGGCGAAAUAUUAGGUUUUGGCGGAGUGUAUCAUCACGACGCAGAUACCGUUUAUGUCGCACACUUUAUUGUGCGCGAAGAUCUGCGUAAGAAAGGCAUUGGAAAACAAAUCUGGCAGGCUAUGAUGACGAGAUGUGGAGAGAGAAACAUCGCAUUGGACGGGGCAAAAGCGAUGGUGGAAUUCUACAGAAAUCAGGGUUUCGUUUACAGCACUACAAGGGUGAUUUUGUACUUGUUUGUGAUACCAGAAACUAUAGAAGUACAAAUACCGUCAGACAUUGACAUGAGACCUCUGGAAGAAGACAUGUGGCCGGAACUGCUAGAAUACGACAAACAGGUGUAUGUCAACUUCGACAGAGCACGCGUUCUAAGGGCAUGGUACUCGCUGGAUGACAUAACGGUAAUGGUCGCGUAUCAAGGAGAACGAAUUGUCGGUUACGGCGGUAUACAUAGGAAAACUGAUACAAUGUUUGGUGUUCGUAACGUCUUGGCUGACGACGAACACGUCGCUGAACUCAUAACGCGAAUACUGUUGCAAGGCGUUCCAAAAGACUCCACGGUCUAUGCGUGGAUGGUGGAAGGAAAGCCAAUCCCUGACUUCCUGCUGAGGACUGCACAGCGAUCUCAACGGCAUUGCGAGAGGAUGUACAACAAACGCUGCAUUGACGUAAAUCGGGACAAGAUUUGGAUAGCUUCUGCGCAAAUCCUCUGAUUUACAUUGUAAAAGACUCACGAGUUUUUAUGAAAACGCAAGAUAAGAAUAAUAUUUUUUUAGUAAAUUGCUAUUAGAAGACAUCAACGUUGUAAUAUAUUAUCUAUAAUUUAAGUAUAGGGUCAAUAUUGUUUUAAUGUAGCUAAGUAUUAUUAUUCAGCAUUCCAUUGUAAACAGGAAGUUCCGGAUAAAUGGAACUGAGAUGCAAAUAAAAACUCAUUAUAUUCCUCUAUUAAUACAUUUGAAGAAACUUGUGCCACUGUGGCGACGUCUUCUUCUACUUAAGUCUCUGACUGCAUUACAACUACACUGAAAUUUUAUUUUUGUAAAUCCUUGUUAAAGAGGUUCAUACUGAAACAACGAAAUGCACGUUUUUUAUCCCGCUUAUUGAAGCGUUAUCACGGUACCACAUUUCAAAGUUAUGUGCUCUGUGGUUAAUUAAAAUGCUUUUGGAAGUUAUUGUAAUAUUUAAGUCCACAACACCUGUUAGGUCACAUAUUUACUCCAAUAAAAUAAUUUAGUACAGACUUGGUAGAGGACCACGAUUCGACGUAACAUCACACAUACCAAACCGUCUGGAUGUUACGGCUUUUGGUGCGAAAACUUAAAGUUUUCACUGAACUGCACUUUAAAAGUUGCGAGUUAAACGGUUUUCGACGUAAUAAAAGAAAAACCUGAUACUUUAGAACGGACAGACAGACAAACAGACGGGGCGAUUACUAAAUUUACAAUACUGGGAUACAUCACACAAAUGUCAAGGCCUUGAACAGUAAAAGUUUUUGGUAUAUGUAGUUUUUUUCAUAUCGCUUGUGUGCAUAAAAGUUUUUUAUGAUAACAUCAGUAACAACAAGACUAUUACAAAGCAAUUAAAGUCCCCUAGUGGUGAAACUCCACCAUUUUUAGCAAUAUUUUUAAUUUAUUUGAUGCCAUAGCAAACAGAAUUCUUGACAUAGGAACAAACUGAAAUGUGCAUUAUCUCCAUAUUGCCAUCUGUCCAUGUUUCAUGAAAAAUAUGUAGAACUUUUGAAGUUAUCGCAGGAUCCAGAGUGUGACAGAUUGGCAGAUUGACAGACACAUGGAGCGCUAACCAUAAGUUCCCUCCGGUUGCACCGGUAGGAGACUUACAAAAUUAGUUCCAGUACGAACGCUAUCAAGCGUAUUGAGAAUGCACUGUCCAAAAACCCAAAAUGCAUAAGAGUUGAAUACAGGGGAGGGGGGUGCAUUUCAUACAGGGAUAGUAACGUUUUAUUGACAAUUAGUGUGAAUGAAAAAUAAAACAUGGUCCCUGAAUGAAACUUAAGAAUAAUUACCAACGUAUUUAUAUUGACGAUUAAAUAUUAAGCUGACCGAAAUGUGUAGAUUUAUUGUUAAAUAUUUGCGUACACUAGGUAAAAUAUACAACACAUCAUGACGUUUAAUUGAAGGAAUUUGUCAGUAAAGUUCAGCUCCAAUGUGGAAACUGAAAUAAGUAUGUAUUUUUCCAUUCAUAUUUACCUAAAAUAUCUUACAUUAAAGAUAUCUGAUAUUACACACCAAAGUUUAAAUUAAUAAUGAAAAUGAAACAUUGUUUGAGUUUUAAUUUUUUGUUGAUAUUGACAGAGACCUAGAUCUACGUGUCUGAUAUUGAUUGAACAAAUUUUGAAUUUUUUAGAUCAAUGUACUGUAUCAAAGCAGAGUUCAUAAAAUGAGUGCCGGUAAGGCAACAAAGCAGUUUCAAAAACAUAGGUGUACAAGUAAAUAUUCAAUUCACAAUAAAAUGCAGACACAUUUACAAAUUAUAUAAUCAAAAUAUGCACAGAAUAAACAACCAAACAAUUUGUUAUAUACACAUAUAUAUUUAUUAUUCACAUGUUUGUACAGAGUUUUGAUAAAAAGUAAACAUGCAUUAAA